UCCUUCAGCAUCUACCUCUUCCCCGGCACCUUAAGAUCCCGGGAUAUGAGCCGGAAGAGGCAUCGCCUGGUCCCAGAGACCCUUGGACUGAAGAGACCGCGAGAAAGACGGGAUGUAGAGGCAGAUCCUUUGCGCGGCGAGUCAGGAUCUGCGCGCGCGGCAGUCGCGGAGCUAGUGCGGCUGUUCCCGCGAGUCCUGUUUGAGGAUGCGCUACCGCCCAUCGUGCUGAGGAACCAGGUGUACAGUCUCGUGCCGGACCGGACGGUGGCUGACCGGCAGCUGAAGGCACUUCAAGAGCAGGGGGAGAUCAGAAUCAUCCAGCUAGGCUUCGACUUGGACGCACAAGGAAUUAUCUUCACCGAGGACUACAGGACCAGAGUCCUCAAGGCUUGCGAGGGCCGCCCCUAUGCUGGCACAGUGCAGAAGUUCCUGGCUUCGGUGCUUCCAGCCUGUGGCGACCUUAGCUUCCAGCAGGACCAAAUGACACAGACUUUUGGCUUCAGGGAUCCGGAGAUCACGCAGCUGGUGAAUGCCGGGGUCCUCACUGUCCGAGACGCUGGAAGUUGGUGGCUCGCUGUGCCCGGAGCCGGGAGGUUCAUCAAGUGUUUUGUUAAAGGGCGCCAGGCCGUCCUGGGCAUGGUCAGGAAAGCCAAGUACCGGGAGCUCCUCCUCUCGGAACUCCUGGGCCGGCGGGCACCUGCCACGGUGCGUCUGGGCCUGGCCUAUCACGUGCACGACCUCAUUGGGGCCCAGUUGGUGGACUGUGUCUCCACCACUUCUGGUACCCUCCUCCGCCUGCCGGAGACGUGAGGAUUCUGCUCAUCGUUGGACAUGUCCCCAGCAUGGGGAGCGAGGGGCCCAGGCGCGCCGUCCCACCCUGGCUGACAUAGGGUCACCUUGGGAGGGUUUGGGAGCCACGAUGAGUGUUGGGCUUGUGUCUGUGCAAAGGGUCAGAUGUGCCCGCUGCUGUUUACCUGGGCUCCGACCCAGUGGUGGGGUUUGGGCAGUGCCUCUCUGCCCUUUGCUGAAAGUGGAACCAGAAACUGCCCAGGCCAUGGCUGCUGCCUUCCACGCAGCAAGCUGCUGCCGCUGCCCUGUCUUGGGAUGGGAAGCAGGGGUAUCUGGAGAGGCUGCCGAAGGAGGGUUCUUCUCCCGACAUGUUGGGUUGAAACUGCCAAAUAAAGUAUUUCUGCCUGUGACAUUUUCUGCA